UAGCCACAUACAAGAGAUGGCUGCACAGUUGGUCCAAGUCGCUGUUGUCGCAACGCCGGCUGAUCGUGCAGCAGAGGCAGGAGGAACGCACCCAAGCCCAAGUGGCAAGUGGCAAGUGGCAAAUAAUCUGAAUUGGAACGAAUCGUACCCAGAUUGGAAUAUGAUUUUCUUACAAUUCUGGUGGACUCUGAUGGUGCUGGGUGGUUCCAAGUUGCUCCCGGCCGACUCGGAGCCGUCGAGCAGCGAGAAGUUGCGCAGUUUCAAUCGGGCCGUGAAGGAGGCGCGCGGCAAGAUUCAGGAUCUCUACUGCCAGGAUCAGUACCGAAGACAGCCCAGGCACACCAUCGACGAUAUGCUGGCCAGCUUUGCCCAGACCAGCAGCGGAGAAUCGGAGGACAAUGCCAUGGCGGAGGCAGCCAACGCCUGGUAUCGGGACUUCCAGACAGGCCACAAGAAAUCACAUACUGUCAGUAAACAGAGGGGCACGAACUACGAAAGUAACUACUUGAAGGAUAUGCAGAAUACAGAGAUCGGCAAGGUGAAGCAGAAGUACAAGGAUACUGCGGUGGAUCCCAUCAUUCUAGUGUUCGAGACCACCAUGGCUCCCUUUCAGUACGGUGGUAGCGGUCUCACCUACCUGGACAUCAAGCUGAAGCAGGCCCAGGAGAUUCUAAACGAGCAUGAGAAGACUAGCAAAAGGGAUCCAUACCGGGUGAAGGAGUAUCACAAGAAGGCAGAACUCAACGACGAUCUACCGGAGUUUGAAAACAGGCCAGUGCCGGACGGGUUGUAUGAGCAAACAUUACUCCGGCUCGAUUCGCCCAAAUGGAGGCCGAACAAUCUGUUGCACGAGGCCAACUACAAGCUGUCUAAGAUCGAGCAGGAGGCCUCUGAGAACGCCCAACGGAAAAUUCCGCCCAAGGGCAGGGGUUUGAACAAGCGCAGCUCCUAUCACGGCUUCAAUCCAAUGAACGAGAUCAAGCUAAAGACAAGCAACCGCCUCAUGCUCAAGGGCAUGGGACCCUCGCUGCCGAGCAAUGCGCUGGUGGAGAGCCAGCAUGCCCAUCUCGUGGACGAACUAAUAAAGCGCCGGGAGCGGAAAAUGAGACGGGAGCAGGAGCAGCAGCAGGAUCCAGAUCUGUAUCUGGAUCAUUAUCAGGAACAGAAUCAAGAGGGAUACAUGAGCGAUGAUGGUGAACGGCGGCAGCAGUACGAUGGCCUCAGUCCGAUGACCAGCAAAAUGAGGCAGUCUACGGAGGUUGUAUCCUCCGGUGGCCACAACAUGUUGGAUCUGCCCCAGAGCUACGACUAUCGCCUGCCCGAUCGCCUGUACGAUCGCUUCCAUGCUCUCAGCCAGCGGCAGAUGCCCAACAUGGUCGACUACUUGCACCCCAAUCGCAGGUCCGUUGGGGACCUGGGACGCUACAAGCGGGAGCAUACCUUAAAUAUGACCCUGGCAACGACAGCGAAGGUGGCCGUGAAUGAGUCAGGAACUAAGGCCGAGCAGCUGGACAUCCCGAGUGUGCCUGCGCUCAAGGAAAGUGAACCAAAAGUCGAAGAACAACAGGAUGUCAAAGUGGAGCCGGAUAAAGAGCCAAUCGACAGCAAGGUGGUGGGUAAAGCUACUGCUUUCGAAAAGGUGCAAGUCGAGGCUGAAGCAAAGUCACUGAAAGUGAGAACGGACAUUGAGGUUAAGCCUACGGAACCUACAGAGCUGAAAGAUGAUGCUGUAUCUGUAUCUGAGGCGGACAUUUCAACAAAGCCGGAGGUGGGCGAAAGUGCUCAGGACUCUGCUGUUAAGGUGGAAAGCAUCGAGGCCAAGACAAGGCUAGAAACAGAUGCCAUCUCUGAAGCCGAGGGUAGCCUGGAGACCCAGAAUAAGUCAAACAGCCAUGCCGUCCUACAAUCGGUACUUGAACAGCCACAGGUUCAGGAGAAGUCCCAGGCGGCAGCCAGCAUUAAAGAUGCAGUGCUGCAGGAGAGCAUCAAGCUGACUGUGGAGGAGUCGUUCACGUCCAGGCCAGCCGAUGAGGUUUCCGCAGAGCCUGAGAGAUCAAAAAUAGCACCAGGUACUCCCCAUUUGCCCAAUCCCGAUGCAGUGGUCAAACUUCUGGCCAAUGAGCUGUCGCAUUUUAGUGGCGACAAAGAUCGCAACAAGCGGCACAUCCAAAGCCUACGUCGUCGCUGGUCUCCCAGGAAAAACCGGCGCUCCAAACGGUCCAUCGGAGAAGAGCAGCAGCCCCCGGAAUGCCCCGAGAGAACAAAGCGCAUGGCUGCUCCUCUGCUGGACGACCUGGAGGACCACAAUGGGAAACACUUGCAUUUUGGAGACCUUGGAAGUGGCCUUAUGUCCGAUGUCGAGGAAGAGACCGAUCCUUACGGAGAGGACGAGGCCAGUCUCUAUGAUGCUUCUAGCGUUCAGGUGCCCAUGAUGAAUCAGCGAGCUAAUGGAGUCUACCAGUUAACGCAGCAGCCUCUGCAGAUACCACAGCAACAGCAGCAGCAACAACAACAACUGCAGCAGCAACAGCAGCAGUCACCGAUUCAGCAUCAAUAUCUGCCACAACAGCAACACUUUCCACAGAAGCCAUAUCUGCCAAAACAGCAAUACCUGCCACCUCAGCAACAGGCACCUCUACAGACCCAGCAAAAGCAGCUGAUAGCGCCGCCGCUAAUGAAGCAAUCCGCAGUCCAUCGAUACUUUGGUCCUUUCUUUAACAAGCAGGUCAAGAACAACAUGUUGUCCACAGUGGAUCCAUGCAUUACACAAGUUGAACCACUGACGCGGCCCUCAGUGUCCAUAACCAUUGAUCCCAAUUGCAUAUCAAUUACAACGCCCGUCCCCAACAUGAUGACGGAGUCGACUACACCAGGGUUUGGUGGAAACAAAACGAGUAUUCCAUCCAUGACGAAUACUACCGAUACGUCAACGAAUGCAACGGACUCAGGAGGGGCUGAUCAGGGUAAAACUUCUGGACCUGCUGUGCCGACCGGCGAUGUCUGCUAUAAACCAGAUUCCCUGAGGUUGAACGUGUCCAUCAACGCUAAUGUGUGCGGGGAUCCAAAGACAAAACAGUUCUAUGGCAACGGAUCAAUCAACAUGCAGCCAGCCUUCGAUCAGAUGAACACCGACAUGAUGCUUGAUUGGGCGGAUUCGGCGGAUUCGGCAGAGCACGGGAGUGACGAUACUUUAAUGCAGAAUGAUGAUCGAUAUGCACGCGAAGCGGGUAGAAAUUGGAGGGAUAAUACCGACCACAGAAGGAAUAAUAGGUGGGGCAAAGAGAAGUCCAAGGGGAAAAAGGAGUACAAGCCAGAAUCGAGCAAAUGUAGUGGAAAUGCCGAAUCCUGUGAUGACAGCUUGGAGAAGCUUAUAACUGGCAAAACGUCGGAGGACAUUGUGUCGGCCGUGUUUGAGGCAGUCAGCAAUGAUCCGGGCAUGGAUCGUCUGUUGGCCGUGCUGGAGCGCAAUCGCAAGGGCUCCCUCAAGAAGCCCAAAAACUUCUAUCAGAUCCGGAAUGACAAAAACGAUCAGUACCUGCAUCAGACGGAGACCAUGGUGCGGGAGACCAUGGCGGCCAUUAGCGACAUCAUCGACAAGCAGGUGCGGGUUCGGUCCUGCAUUCCCUUGCGCCCAGACCUGAGUGAGUUCUACGACCUCAUCCUGAAGACUAUGGAUGAGCAGAAGAAGUGCCGCGAGAAGCGAGAGAACACGCCGAGUGGUCUGGCCGACGACUUCAACCAGGAUGUGGGUUUACUCGAUAGCGACAAGAUUGAUUCCCGGUCUCGCAUCGUCAAGAAACUGCUGCGUCAGUACGAGGAGCUUCCACUGACAGAUCAGCGUUCGGCGGCCAAUGUCCGAGAUGAACUUCUCAUGGACCUCAUGUACCUCCGCAAAAUGGCAGACUCCGUGGAGCGCAGGCAGCGAAAUGCCAAGCUGCAGGAGGUGCUGCGGCAGACCAGCAUGAACAACGAGUACUCGCCUCGCUUCAUCAAGCUGGUGAAGACCGCAGAGCUCUUCAAGGAGGCGGGCGAGCAGCAGGCUAGGGCCUUUCUGGGACUCUAAGGUGGUUAUUUUUGUAUUUGUUUAU